UACAAAAACUGUGCCACACGUAAAGUAUUCCGAUGCAUCAUACAGUUGCUAAACAACAACAGCAAAAAGCUGUUUUUGAAUAUAUAUUCCUCACAUUUUUGUAUUCUAAUUAAAUUAAUCCAGAUGUCUGACACAAUGGGUGAGUGGCAGGUCGCACGCCGACGAAAAGGUGCGUCCAAAAGUUUAAAGAGUUUACGUGUGUCUCCAACGUGCUGUCAAACCCCGUUGGAUGUGGGUAAAACUAUCAAGCGGAUCAAAGAAAUCGUGGCUGAACUCAAAUGUGAAGAAGUUUGGAAAGAAUGGAAAGAUCAGAUCCUACCAUCUUUGAACCACAAGAAAAUUAAGGACUCAGCAGAAAAAUUCCACGAGAGUUUGGAUGACAAAAUAAGUCCACUUCAAUGUGUGUGUUAUGGCUUGGGCACCUUUUCCUCGAGUGUGUCUGCACGCUACCAGCUGGCCAUGAUGCUCUUGCUCCUGGAUGCAGGAAAGAUUCUACUCAAAGACUGUUUUGUUUUUGAUCCUGCUUUCUCCUCUGGAGAAAAAGAUGUCCUGAGAGCUUUGGGUCUGACUGUUCUCUCAGAAAAUGAGGAGGGGAAGCGACUGGCCACCAAACCUACCCUCUUUUACCUGAUGCAUUGUGGGAAAGCCUUAUACAACAACCUGCUGUGGAAGAACUGGAGUGCACAAUGUUUGCCCCUCUUGAUGAUAAUAGGAAACAGCUUUAGCAGCAUGAGAGAGAGGAUGCUUGAGAGAGAAUUUCAGAGGGACUACAGAUACAUCAGCCAGGCAGUGACUGUAUGUGAAGACAGACAGCUAACCUGUCCAUCUCGUCUUUUGGACGUCUUCGGUGACACUGCACUCAUCACUUUUAAGUCUAGCGCCCUUUUUGGUCUGCCAAAGUCUACUUGGACAGAGACGCCUGAACCAUUAUACCAGCACUGCCCGGAUUUGGAGAUAAUACAAAACGAACCCAUAAAAAUGAGUGACAGUUAAGGGUGGCAGCUUUUCUCUUAUAUGGUGGACACAAAGCACUGCUGGAUAGAUAGAUGCACCAGAGCAGCGAUGUGAUAACCAUGGACAAUUAGAGAAGCAGUAUCUUUUUUUUUUUUUUUUUUAAACCAACCCAAAAUAAUGAAUUAAGUAAAGGAAAACAAGUGCUUAAUCAAAAUAGGUUUAUCUGUGCUAUAGUAGUUCUAAUAAUAAGCACAACAGUAUGACCAGUGUUUUCAUUGUUUGUGACUACACUCUAGUAGUCAUUUUAGAACAAUACACAAGCCUGCAGCUAGGUGGCAGCAUUGCUCAGUCUAACUUACAUACUCCCUGUUCUACCCAGUAGAAGUAGUAAGUACACAGUAGUAAAAAACAAACAAAUGCACCCUACCUUGUCCAAAUUUCCCCAAAGUUCUCCUAAUUGUUUGUGCUCCAAAGUGUUGGUUUUUUUUCAUUAGGUAUUUUAGGUCAUUAAUGUUUUAUAGUUUUUAUGUCAACGUGAAAUUAUUUAUUACUGGCCUUCUAAACAUGACAAAAUCUCCCCAAACUUGUCCCAUUCGUUUGUGCUCCAAUUGUCUGCAAAACAUUUCUGUCUAACUAUUAUGUUUUUGAAGUUACUAACAAUGAAUGAUUCAUAACCAGCUACAUAAAACGUUAAUAACAUUAAAACUAUAAUAGAUCCAAAAUAUUUGCACAGUUGCCAGACAAUUUGGACUCAUUUGGGUGGAUUUUGAGAAGGUGGUCAUGAAUCAUAAAACGUUAACAACUUUAAAAACUAUUAUAGUUAAAGCGUAGCUUUUUGCAGCACCAACUAUUGGGUCAAGUUUGAGGAGAUUUUGCCUAUUAUGAAUCAUAACACGUUAAUAAUAUAAAAAACAGUAAAUGUUAAUACAUUAAACUAUUAUCAGUUAAUCCAAAAAUGUUUGCUGCACAAACGUUUGGGACUUUAUGUGAAGGUGGGAGAGCUGGUUAUGAAUCAUAAUUUAUCAAUAACUUUAAAACUAUAUUAGUUAGACGAAAACGUUUUCCACCAGUUUGGGGAGAUUUUGACAUAGUUGGAGGGCUGGUUACGAAUAAUAACACAUUAAUAUCAUAAAAAACAAAUGACUCAAAAAACGUAAUGGCACAAAAAAACAUUUUUGCAGCACAAACGAUUGGGACGAGUUUGGGGGAAUUUGGACAAGGUGGUGGGCGGCAACUUCCCACAGGUAAAUCACAAAACAUUAAUAACUUAAAAACUAUGAUAAAUGAAAAGGUUUUGCAGCACAAACCAAUGACCAAGUUUGGCGAGGUUGUGCAAAAAAACUUAGAACGUUAAUAACUUAAAAAUCUAAUAAACCAAAAAAUUUUGCAGCUCAAACGAUUGGAACUGGAUUAGGGAGAUUUUGACAAGGUGCCGGUGUCUGGUUAUGAAUUUUGAAACGUUAAGAACUUAAAAACUACAAUCGGCAGACAAAAACAUUUUACAGCACCCAACGAAUGGGGGACACAAGUUUGCGGUGAUUUUGACAAGUGUUCUACUAGUUAGAAAAUUGAUUUUAGAAUAAGUUAAUAUCCGUGCCGCACAAACGAUUGGGAAAAGUUUGGGGAGAGUUGGGCGGGGUGUGAGGGUGGGGCACUUCACACAGGUUUGGAUUCACCGCAUGUAUAACAUGAUAUGAGGAAAUACCAAACAAAUGAAGACGGCAUAUACACACCACUUUUAUUAAUAGGAAAUUAUUUUCAACGAAAACUGGAUGAAAAUAAUUUUGUAAGCACAACAUUGGUAAAUAUAAAAAAAGCCCUCCUAUAAAGUCACCCACCGCAUUGCAAGGUGCAAAAAACGCUAUAUAUUGGAAAAUAAGUGUAGUUAUUUGUGCUUAAUAAAAAAUUCCUCAAAUUAAUGUAGUUGACAGUUUGAAAUGUAUUAGAGUUGAAGGCUUUUUAAAAUUGUCUUCUGGAUAGACUAUGUUCAGGGAAAGUGUAAAAAAUGCCAAUUUUUAUCCCUUCUGAUAUUGUCGCUCAGAACAAGCAGAAGGCAAUAGCUCUUUUUAAUAAAAAAUAAGCUGAUAAAGCUGACAAGUGACCCGAUAUUUACAGUUUUAAAACAUUUUCAAUGUUUUAGAAAAAUACUCCGAAUUAUUUGUCGUUUUUGUGUGUAUUGACAAUUGAUGAGACUGAAAUGUCAAGGUGUAACAAAUUGCUUUGAUGAACAUGGAAUGUGGGGAAAUAAAGUUCUCAAUAACAUGGAAAAAAAGUGGCAGAAGAUAAUUGAGAAGCACUGAUGUACACAAUCCAAUGUGUUCCAAUACAAGCGCUGUAUCCAAAAUUAAUUUGGCCCUGUCAAACGUUUGGGAAUGUGUCUUUCUAAAAUGCAUCAAUGGUUAUUUUAAUACUAUUUCUAUUUAAUACUAUAAAGAAUAUUGCAAACCUGA